UGGGGUUUGUGGGUUGUUCGGGUUCGGGUUGGACAAUGGUUUCUAACUACGAUGGGUAUGACCCAUAUUUAAAUUAAUUGUGGUUCCACAGAAUUAACCCGUUAAAAAGGGAUAUGUUUUAUUUUUAUUUUAUUUAAUUUCUUAACAUUUUACAUUUUUUAUUUUUAUUUUUUUUACAUUCCUAAAAUAUAUAUAUAGUUCCUUUUGGAGAACUAUGAGUGAGAAUUUUUUAAAAUUUUUUUUUUUUUUGGAAUGGAGGAAGUAUAAUUUUAGGACACGAGAAGGUUUGACAGGGCAGGCAGACCCACACCAGAACCCGUGAUAUUUGACAGUUGUGUUAAACGGUAAAAUGAAAGCUCUGGCGAUUGAUUAUUUCCUGUGUCGUUAUCCUACACUACAGCACGAUAAAACUCUCUCCCCAUAAGGCAGUAAUGGAAAUCCUUCCAUAUGCUGGGAUUGUAUAAUUUUCUCUCUCUAUAGAAGAUAGCAAUGGAGAUCGUUCUAAAUGUUGCUGCUAUUACUCUUCUUCCGAAAUUCAGUACAGCUAACACGAAACCUGUUAAAGCUCGUGUCUAUUGUUGCUUGGGGAAGAAUGGGGAGGGAAGCAGCUUAUCUAGAGGACCUUCACAAAUGGAGUGGGAACUGCUGCACUCUAUGGAUAGAAAAACAGAAAAGAAACAUGACAUCUGGCGACUCUUCAGGGAGGCUCAGCAGAAUAUUCUGUACUUAAACAAGCAACGCAUCAUGGCUUUGGAGGAGCUGGAUAAGAUGAAGGGAGAAAACAAAUUGUUGCUUGAUAGAAUAGAACAACUUGAGCUAAAAGAUCAGGCAAACUUUGGAAAAGAUAAGCUAUCAGUCAGCUGGGAGUUGCUGCUUAGGAUAGACUCAAUGAUCCUUACAGGCGUGAUUGGCACUGGGGAAGCAUCUGAUUUAAGAAGGCUGGUCAUGGAUUCAAAAGUUAGUGUAGCUGAUGAUUUCUCUUACAUCCUGCCUAAAAGUGAUUUUGAACUUUUGGCCAAACUCCGGAACUUCUCAGAGAAAUGCAAACAGAAGGCUUUUCACAUUGUCCACAUUUGUACUGAAAUGGCACCAGUUGUUUCUGUUGGAUCUUUGGCUUCAUAUGUGACAGGCUUAUCUCGUGCACUACAAAGAAAGGGAAAUCUGGUGGAGGUUAUUUUACCAAAGUAUGCAAGCCUUAACUUGGAUAAGGUUCAAGGGCUUCGAGAAAUUGAAGCAGAGUUCUUCUCAUUUUUUAAUGGUCAAUUGCAUGCCAAUAGAGUUUGGACUGGUGUCGUCUAUGGCAUUGGAGUUACUUUUAUACAACCUAUUUAUUAUUCAUCAUUUUUCAACCAUGAGAGAGUAUAUGGCUACUCAAACGACUUUGAACGAUUUACUUAUUUCUCUCGCGCGUCAUUGGAUUAUAUUGUAAAAUCUGGAAAGCAGCCUGAUGUUUUACACAUACACAACUGGGAAACUGCUAUUGUUGGGCCACUUUUCUGGGAUGUUUUUGUUAAACAGGGACUUGGAAGUGCUAGAAUACUGUUAACAUGUCAUGGCUUUAAUUCUCAGUGUCUCGAGCAACCUGAUAAGCUAGCGCUAUGUGGACUUGAUCCUUCUAGACUUCACCGUCCUGAUCGUUUUCAAGAUAACUCUAAGACACAUCUUGUCAACAUUUUGAAGGGUGGAAUUGUUUACUCCAAUAAAGUCAUAAAAGUGUCAUCCAUGCAUUCGAAGGGCCAAAUUAUUCAUGGUUUGAGUCAUGGGUUGGAACCCACCUUAGCUCUCCACAAGAACAAGUUGCUCAUUGCUCCUUAUGGAUUUGACAACUCUGUCUGGGAUCCUUCCAUAGACAAAUUUCUUCCACAAAGCUAUAGCGCAGAUGACAUGAAGGGGAAAGCUGCUUGUAAAGUUGCAUUGCAGCAGCACCUGGGGUUGUCUGAGCAUGCUUCUCUUAUUCUUGUUGCGUGCAUUUAUUCGGAAGUGUCAGAUGUUGACCUGGAGAACCUGAAGACACUUGUUUGGAUUGCUUCCAGGAGGAGCGUUCAGUUCGUCUUCAUGGGGGUUAGCAAAGUUCCAGGCAUAAACAGGGCACUGGAAGCUUUUCAGGAGGAACUCCAGGAUGAUAAUGUGAGAUUUUUAAACAAAUACGACGAAGCUUUAUCACAUUUAAUCUUUGCAGGAUCUGACAUUAUCUUGUGCCAAUCAUUUGAUGAUCCAGUGCUACAAGUUCCGCUGAAGGCUUUAAGGUAUGGAGCUGCUCCAGUUGCAACAAUUCUUACGGACAACCAAUUCAGGCAUGGUAGCAUAGAUUACGACUUUGAGAGCACCAGAUUCUCACAGCACAUCAGCAAUACUUUUGGGAAUGUGUCUUUAAGCCAAGCGAUCGAUGAAAUUAAGAACAACCCAUCGCAGUGGAAUAGAAAGAUUGUGGAUGGUAUGAGAGAGGACUUUUCAUGGGAUGCAGAGUGCUGUGACAUACAUGUUUCUGCUUACACAUCCAUAAAGAACUCGUGAAGCAGGUGCUCUGUGUCAAUCGGUUUUCUGGGAAAAAAUAUGCAACUCAAUAAAAGGAAGGCUUGUUGUAAAUUAGAAACAGCUGAGAAAAUUUGUACAUAGAAACUUGCUAUUAUUUUUCAAAUGUAUAAUUAAUGCGUGCAUGCAGGAGCUCGGUGUAGAAACUAAACUCCCCUUAUUUUUUUGGUCCCACCAACGCGUUCUGUUCUUGCAAGAGUUCGUAAUUAUAUCCUUGGAUUGGAAAGUUGAAGUGAAUGAAAGGAAUUGAUUAGCAUGGAAGUUUUUCAUGAAAAUUGUGA